GCUGAGUAAAUAGUCAUGUCACACUGAGCUAAUGACAUCGUGCAGCCACAAAUUGCAGAAAAACAAGAGGCAAAACAUAAUUAAGUUGUUAAGGAGUUGACCGUCAGAACGACGUUACUGAGCAACGAGCACGUCUUUCGUCAAGACAGAAGCAAAAACGGUGUCAUUUUACCCAGGUUCUACGUGAUUGUAAGGUCUGAUUUACUCAUAUUUACGAUGACUGCAACACGGACAAUUGCCAUUUUACUUGUGAUCACCAUAGUGGCUGUGAACGCCAAACAACUGCCGCGUACACGCUCGAAAAGGGACUUUGUUGAGAUCCGAGGGCCCAUCCUUCAUGGACAUGUAAUCUCGACCCACAGCGUGGAUUCGCUGGCAGAAUGCGACGAAAUAUGCGUAAAUCAUCCAAGAUGCUUAUCUUACAAUUAUCAAUUUGCUACAAGAGCGCCAACACACUCUUGUGAGAUCAACGACGCUACCGGCACCAUGUGUCCUCAAGACAUGUUUAACACAAGAGGAUAUAGAUACUACGAGGACCAGAAUAUAACAUGCGCCAGGCAAUGUCCCACGCGAGAUGCCAGUACCGACUUCGAAUUUACUUACCCAAACAAAGUUAUUACCGACUACGUCAGAUUUGAUCUGUUGGAGUGUGCGCCACCGCUGACCGCUUUCACUGUCUGCCUCUGGAUGAGAACCGAUGACCAAUCAGACGACGGCACAAUCUUUAGUUACUCAACUCCAGACCAAGACAAUGACAUUUUAGUGACGGACUACUCAAAUUUGAAGAUCCUUAUUGGGGGUUCCAGGAUAACAUUUUACACAACCACCAACGAUGGAGGGUGGCAUCACAUAUGCACAACAUGGGAAAACACCGCUGGCGCGUGGGAGUUUUACAUUGACGGCCAGCUUUUUGACAGUGGUGAUGGUCUUUCGACAGGACGUGAGAUCGGAAGCGAUAGCAUUUUAAUCCUUGGUCAGGAUCAAGAUGACUAUGGGGAUGGUUUUGAGCAGGAGCAGAGCUUCAAUGGCGAGAUUUAUAAUGUAAACAUGUGGAACAGUGUUCUGCCGGCUGACGAAAUUUUGCAUAUGUCGACUGAUUGUGCUGAUGGUGUUGGCAACUAUCUGAGGUGGAAAGAUUUCGUGGAUGCAAAUGUCUAUGGCGAUGUGACCAAAACGUCUCCCGUCAGUUGUGUGCCCUGAACUGAGCAUGCGCCGUUGCUGCUUGACGUUGAGUUUUGAACUGAACAUUAAAUAAACCAUUCCAAUAAGGGUAUAGUUAGUAGGGAUUGUUUUAAAAGGGUGUAAUUUUGCUGUUAUGAGGGUUCUGUUAUAUAAAUGAGUUCUAUCACGUUCAAAAUAUUAAACGAGGAAGCAUAACCAAUUACUACAAAUCUAGAUACCACUCAUAACAAGGUGUUAAGACCUUGAAUAUUCUGGCAUUCAGUGUUUUUUUUUUUUUUU